AUGCCGAGCCUCAACUCGAACUGCCUGGCUGCGCUCCUGUUCGUCGCGUCGUACGCCGCUCUGGUGCCAGGUCUCUUGCUCCCUCUCGUGCUCGUGGAGUCCAUCAGCGGCGUCCAGCGCUCCCAGUCGACGCUGGAGGCGCAGCCGGACUUCCACGUGCAUCACAUAUUGUGUCCCGCCCUCUCCCCCCGCUCGCACACGCGCCUCGGGGCGCAUGUCUCAGCCUUGGAGGGCGGGGCGAGGCCCUCGCAGCGCUACGAGGACAUCUCGUCGCAUGUCCGCUCCCGCGGACCUGCCAGCGUCAGCCGUGGAGAGGCGGGCGUGGUCCUCUGA